AUGAGCACACUGAUCAGCAGCGUGGCACGCUCGGCCAAGAAAGCAUUUGAUGAAUACCAAUCGAUCGACGAUCCAGCCGCGAAGAAGACAGAAGGACUGCGGAGGCUGAAGCAGGCACUGGUCGAGCGGAAGGAAGAGAUCCUGGGGGCAAACGACUUGGAUGUCCAGGCAGCAGAAGGACUGGUCAAGGAAGGCAAACUGUCGGAGUCGAUCCUGAGUCGGCUGAACCUACGCUCGAGUGCGGACAAGUUUGAGUCGAUCGUCGAUGGGAUCGAGGGAGUGAUCAAGCUGGAGGACCCGGCAGGGAAGAUCGAGUCGGUGACCAAGCUGGACGAGGGACUCGAGCUCUACAAGGUCAGCUGUCCGAUCGGGGUGCUUUUGAUCAUCUUUGAGGCUCGCCCCGAGGUGCUCGUCAACAUUGCUGCCCUGGCCGUCAAGAGUGGCAAUGCGGCCAUCCUCAAGGGCGGCAAAGAGUCGAUGAAGACUCAAGAGAUCCUGACGACGAUCAUCAACGAGGCGCUUGCGAGCUGUCUGCCAGCCAACCUGAUCCAGACCAUCUCUUCUCGAUCGGAUGUGGACGAGCUCCUGCAACAGACCCAGUUCAUCGACCUCGUCAUCCCUCGUGGAAGCAAAGAAUUGGUCCAGUAUAUCCAAGACCAUACCAAGAUCCCCGUCCUGGGCCACGCCGAUGGUCUCUGCAACAUCUAUGUCGACCAAGAUGCCGACCCCGAAAAAGUUAUCCGGUGUGUCCUGGAUGCCAAGACCACCUAUCCGGCAGCCUGCAACUCUGUGGAAACGCUGCUGGUGCAUCGCGCAUGGCUCGGGCCGGCGUUUACGGAGCUGGUGCUGCAUCUGCUGAACGAGAAGGUGACCCUGAAGCUGGACCAGGCCAGCCUGGAUGUGCUCAAGUCGAGUGCCGAGGUGGCGAGCCACCUGCUGUUCUGGUCGAACUGCUCGCUGGCCCGGGAGGAGGACUUCCGGACGGAGUGGCUGUCGCUGACGCUGUCGAUCAAGACCGUCGCCGAUCUGGGUGCCGCGAUCGGGCACAUCAACCAGCACUCCUCGCACCACACCGACGCGAUCCUCACCGAGUCGGCCGCCAGCGGCCGCCGCUUCUGCCGGGCGGUCAACAGCGCCUCGGUCUAUGUGAACUGCUCGACCCGGUUUGCCGACGGCUACCGCUACGGCUUCGGCACGGAGAUCGGGAUCAGCACGAGCAAGAUCCACUCGCGCGGCCCGGUCGGCCUCGACGGCCUGGUGAUCUACAAGUGGAUCAUGGUUGGCGGCGCCGGCCGGGCACACAUCACGGCUGAUUACGGCCCGGGCAAACCCAGACAGUUCCUCCACGCCAAGCUUCCCGUCGACCAUCCCCAUCCGUUCUCUGCCGAUGCCGAGAACCAGCAGUAG